CUCCAUGUACUAAAUAUCAAUAUAUUUUUUUAAAGGUCACGUUAACUAUCAUUUGUAUGAAAAAUGCAGUCGGAAUAAUUUUGAUGAGACACAAAUCAGUAUGACGGCACCAUUCCGAGCGACAGUUCUUUCACGUGCUGCUCAAGACUUGAAAAAAUAUUAUAAUUUAUCUAGCUUUGAGGUUGAUACUGUUUUGGUCGUCACAUGGGUUGGUGUAGAGCCUUUUAAGCACUUUCAACAAGUAAGCAUCUAAAUUAAUUAUCUGUGUAUCAUCAAUGAACUCGUACUUUAAAUUAACCAAAAAAAAAAUAAAAAAAUUGUCCUUGAACAUUUCGAAACGAGAAUAAUAAAUUUUUAACAUAUGACAUCAUAUUUUUAACAGAUUUUUGUUUACAGCCAAUUUAUACAAAUUGUAAGAUGUGUACUUUGUUCUGGUGUUUGUUUUUGGUUAAAAACCUUUAAAUAUUUGAGUUUUUGUCUUUUAAAUAUUAAACAAUUUUUUUACAUCAAUAUACAAAUGGUCUGGAAUGGAAAAUCAAGUAUCGUCAUUUUUCAAAACAGAUUAUUAUAGAAAAAUAAUUUUAAUUUUUUAAAAUUAUUACAAAUACAGGAGAAGAACACAUUUCAAGCAAUUUUUAUAAGUGGCUGGAAUAGUGAAUACCAAAAUGGACAUGGACUCUUAAAAGGUUAUAUUGCAUCUACAUAUUUUUAUAGACUAGAUAUAUUAACAUUUUAUGUAAUAUGCCCAUACAUGAAAGAGUAAAAAUAUUGAGACAGGAAACUUAAAUUAAGAUGCUGUUAAACAAUGGCAUAUAUCAAAAUUAGCAUUUUCAUAUACAUAUGACGCGUUAUUGAAGUAAAAUUAAUUUACUAUUUUUAUAAGCGUGUCAAAUCAAUACUACAUGGACACGUGAGUGGAUUGGUCUGGCUAUGUUUCUGACAAUGCAUAAUGCUUGAAAUAAAUAUAAACAACAUAUUAAUUCAUUUUCAUAAGAUAAUUUUGCUUCGUACUAGCUUUUAACAUUACUAGGAAAAAAAGAACUUCAAUCUUGUAAAUAAAUAUUAAAUUUUAAAAAAUGUAUUUAAAAAUAUUAAAAAUUAAAUUUAAAUUAAUUUCAUGUAAAUUAAAUGUCUUCAAACAAUAUCAAAUUAGCUUUAUGAUUAAACUAUAUUAAAGAAAAAUGAUGUUAAUUUCAAAAGAGCAUAAUUUCAACUUUCAAAUAAAAAUAUUUAAGUUUCUUUGAUUUAUCAACUGAGUGUGACAAAACUAAUAAUGUUUUUUCCUCGUUUUAAAACUUAAAUUAAUACGUAUAAUUGAUUUCUUUUUAAAGUGUUUAAAAUUUUUAUUUUAAAAUAUACAUUUACCAAACUUAUAUAAGAUAAUAAAAAUUUAACGUUUAAAUAAACCUGUAAUUAUAAUAAAAUCAUGCCUUUUAAUUCAAUAAUUGCCGCAGAACUUCAUAGCAAAAUAGAACUUACUAAUUCACUUAUUACUCACCUUAUUAAGAACAACUAAUUGGAGUUGCAAUUGGUUCAUUUCAAUAUCUAGGCCUAUAUAUGAAGACCCAAUUAUAUAACAGAUUCGAAUGUUGUCAUUAUUUUGAAUGUUAAAAUAAAUGAAAAUUUUUCAAUAUAAAGAGUUAUGUGUAAUUUUUUUGAUUUUAAAAAAAAAAAGUUUAAAGACAAAAUUAAACGAAAAAAAAAAUUUUUUUGUGAAAAGGAUCAGCAGCAAUUUAACUUUCUUAUGAAUAUAUAUUAUAUAUAUAUACAUAUAUAUAUAUAUAUAUAUAUAUAUAUUGGUGAUAUGAAUUAGAGUGUGUACAUUUUUACGUGGAUGACAAUAUCUGAAAUCCAAUGAUAAUUUUGUGGUGUAAUUGUGGGAAGGGAAAAGAUCAAUGAGACAGCGCGGGGUGCAUGAGCUCCGUAGGAAAAUCACCAAGAGAUAACCUACACAUCAUUAGUCAGAAGAUGGACGCACCACGAUGAGGAGUUAUUACUGAAUGCCCAGUCAUACAUUUGUCUGCUUUUUCAAAAGUGAUAUGUUAGUCGAUGUCCCCAGACUGCUCUCAAAGCGUCUUAUGUUCCCAACUCAAAACCUAUUGAGAGUAAAUUAUUUAGUACUCCGCAAUGCAAUAUCCGACAUGAUUGCUGGUCUUGAUAUGUAUUUUUCCUAUUUGAUCUCGAGGGAGAACAUUUCGCCGAAGGCGGCAUGUCUCCUCUCGUCUUUUAUCAAGAACUACAUUAUUUUGGAGAAACAAAUUUGGCAUUUAAGUCAAAUAGCAAAUGAAACCAGACAAGUACUUUUUAUACAAUCACAUUUAGUUCAUAUGUGGGUUUUUUUCUAAAAAAAAACCAAUAUAGAAGUAACCACAGAGCUUCCACAUCUAAUGUUAAUUUAAAGAUAGAUUCAUUUCUUAAAAAAAAAAUUCUCUUAACAUACAUCUAUCAAUUUAUUAAAUGUAUAAAAUAACAUAUUAUGGAUUUGCAAUACAACGGUUAAUGCUGUUCACAGGUGAGGAGACAUCUUACGUGAUUUUCUUGUAUCAACAAGGACAGAUGAAUUGGACUUAUAAACCUGGGCAACCUAUCAAUGUAGGAUUUACUGGCUUUGCCCUUCCUGACACAGACACUUUGCUUGUAAGCAUGCUGGAUAAAAUAAAUGGAAAUACAGGUAAUGCUUUUCAGUGGUUCUUUAUACAUAGUUUUUAAAUAGACCACAUGACACUUGCAUUCCCAUGAUUUGCGUCUUCCAUUACUAUUGAAUUCAUUCAGAGUUAUGUCCUUCAUCAACACUUAACCUUCCCUUAAACAAACUUAGUUUUAUUUGAUUUAUUUAGCUCCACCAUAGAAAUUGUUUAAUUUUUAAUUUUUUUUUUAAAUGCAAGAAAACAUUUUAGCGCAUACCUUAUCUUAGCUAGACUUAUUCUAUCCUAAAAAAAAGCAACAGAAGAGAUGCUAGUAGAAGUGUAGGUUUUCCUUGACCUGCUUGUUUUUACACAAAUUGUUUUCGUUUAGAUUUACCCUACUAAAGUUGUUUUGUAUUUUAUAUUUAAACUGUAUAUUCCUCAAUUUUAAGGACAUUAGCAAAUGAAAUUUUAAAAUACUAAAUAAAACCAGCACCAAAAAAAACAAUAUUUUGACAAGCUCAAGAGACAAAAACCUGGAAAUAAUUCCCCUUACUGGGCUAGUGUUUGUCGAAUUGUCAUUUUUAGCCUCGCUACUGACACCCCCCCCCCUCCCCCCCAUCUUUCUUUGAGCUGGAUCAGAAUAAAUUUAAAAAAAAAAGAGAUUACUUAGAAUUUAGCCAAUGAUAUUUAGGAAAUCUCAGUCAAACGAUAGUAAGUAAUUAUUUCAUUGAGACAUAAAUGUAUACUUCUUGUAUUUUUACACACGAAUUUCAUGUUUAUGUGUUUAUGGUGUGACCGAAUUCAACCUCCCUCACAUAUUAUAUACAUGUAUAUUUUUAAAAUUUCCCUUGCGGAACACUCCCCAUUACACCCUUCCUACGCUGGUGGAUAUCUACGUGUAUAAAUAUAUGAAUAAUAAACUAUUUUGGCGCCUCCGGGAUUAUGAUCCCGGGGCGGCUGUCUUCUUUUAAAUAUUUUUAUAACUGUCUUCUUUUACCCCAUCGCAAGGCCCUGGGGACAGGAACUAAUAAAAUCAGUUAUUUUAUAGACGCUAUUAUUUGUUAUAUUGUUUUCUUUAUAUUGAUUUAUUUUCUUUAAAAUAUUUAUAAAAUGUGGAUUGAAAAGAGCAUCUUCAACAUUUUAUGUAUAAUUUUUUGUGAAAUAAUUUUUAUAUUGUACUGGUUUUUCUCACCUGUAAAUUUGAAUGUACCACUUUUCCCAGGCGAACAGGGUGUUUAUACCUACCUAACUGGUCAAUCAUCGGGUCCCAUACAAGCUUGCCAUAGGUACAUUUGUAAUAACCUGGCGCUGUUGUCUGACCCUGUGUACGAGUAUGACAAGACUGACCUUUUCAAGUGUCCCUGCACGAUGGAACGACUAGGACAUCAGUGGCAACUUUUUCAAACCCGAGGAGAAAAUCAUGAUAUUCAAUGUUAUGCCAUUAGUCAUCUGGCGAAGAUCAGACUUAAGCCAAACAACAAAAGAAAUAAGGUAAAUAUAAAGAAAGUAGAAUCCAUGUUUUCAAUAAAUAUUACAUGGUUCAUUUUUUAUUUUAUUUUUUUUUUUUGUUGAAAAAUUUCAUAGACAGCGAACUAAUUCAUCUGUGUUAUUGACUUCAAAAAAUGUAUAAACUUUCUUCUCCUUUGAAUGAAUUAUAAUUUUGCUAAAAGGUUGGGUUUUUUGGUGUUUUUUGUGUGGGGGAUGGCGUAAAAAUUUUAUCAAUCAGAUAUUUUUUGUUUGUUUUCCUGUAGUCUUUUUUAUUUUGUUGCUAGAUUUUCAUCACUGUUUUUCGAAAAAUUUCAUUUACUUUUGAAUAUUUAAUAGUUAUAACCACAUAAGCUUAACAAUAAACCAAAUGGUAUUUAUAGAGACUGUUUUGAUCAUCGCAGUUGUGUUGUUACAAAAUGGGUAAGCCAAAGCAUCCCGAGGACUGGAGAGAUGUGGAACAAACGAGAAGAGAAGCAUCAUACGUUCUAUCAGCUUUGGCUGAUUCCGGGCAUGUUCUCAUCAAUGAACCAUGGCCAGAGUUCUAUUUCAAUAUCGACGAGGUGCUGGAGAAUGUUGAAGCUCACAAAAUAUGCUGUGCGGACGCCACAAGAGAAUUGUGCAACAGAUUCUAUCAGAUAUUUCCCGACAUGGGGUGCACAGACUUUGUGGAAUUUGUUACUGGUAGGAAGUAGAUAAAUAUGUUAAAAUUAAACUUUUCUGGUUAUUUGUGCUAUGCAACAAAAUAUAUUUUAUGAUUUAGGGAAUUGUGACAAUGAAUUUAUGUGAGGUAACGAAACAUUAAUUAAAUUAAUGUUUAAGGGAAUAUUCAAUUUCUUAUCAGUUUGUAAAAAAUAGAAAAUAUAUUGCGUCAAAAGAGCUUGAUUUUAACAUGAGUAUAAUGUUUAAUUAAAGCAUCAGCUCUUGGUGACCCUCACAUAACUACACUAGAUGGAGUAACUUACACGAUGAAUGGAUGGGGAGAAUACAUCCUGAUGGAUGUAAAGUCAAAGAAUUUUACUCUUCAAGUAAUUUUUCGUCAGCUUUUAAAAAUAAUAAUAAAUAAAUGGCAAGAGUACAUAAUAUUUAUUUUUAAUAAACAUAUCAAAAAGCAAACACACAAUAACAUACACAUAUAAACAACAUUAUCUUGAAAUUAUUUCAAAAAUAUCUUUAGCAAAGUAAAACAAAUAUAGUUUACAUCUAAGAUAACAUCACAGUCUUAAGACAAGUAAGUUCAGGUCAAAUUCUUUCACUCUAAGUAAAAAAUAUGAAAGAUACGAAAGUUCAUUUCUUUCACAAUACAUUGUCACAUAUUUACCACCCGUCCCUUUGCUGUUGUAAGACAAAUAAGCUCUCUUGAAGUCCUACAGUAAAAUUGUUACUUUCAAUUUUGUAGAGUAGUUUAUAUGCAAUUACUUCUAAGCAAAAAAGUGUUUUAAAAUAUAUUUUUUGUAAUAUUGUAAAUUAAAUAUUAUUAAAUUUAUUUGGUGUAGCAUAUAUAUAGAUAUUUUUUAAAUAGUUUAUUAUAGAUACUUAUGUACAAACUAGACAAUGAUCAUAUAAAUUCAACAAAAAAAUAAUUCCACAUUUUUAAAAAAUAAAACUGUAUGUUUAAUCAUUAAAUAUCCAUUAUAUUACCUUUACAAAAGACACCACAUUAACAUUUUAUUAAAAAAUACCACAUUAUUUUGCUCGAUUGAUAGCUCUGUCACAUCAGCCAGGUUAAUUUUAAGUUGCCUUUUUAUGGACCCUUUUUAGAGUGACGAAAGAGAUUUUUUUUUUUAAAUGAUGGUAUAAUAAAUACGAACUAGAUUUCUGUUACAGGCAAGAACCGGUAGAGUCGAGUCUCUGAAUGGGUCUGCGGACAACGCCACUGUUUUCACGGCAUUUGCUGCCAGUGAAGGAGGCUAUGCUAAAUUCCAGGUUCAACUAGCAAACAACA